UUAAAUCAUGAAUGGGUGUUGAACUUUGUCAAAUGUCUUUUCUUCAUCAAUUGAUAACAUCAUGUGGUUCUUGUCUUUUGUUUUAUUUAUAUGAUGGAUUACAAUAAUUGUUUUUCUAAUGUUGAACCAUCCCUGCAUACCUGGUAUGAAUCCCACUUGGUCGUGGUGAAUUAUUUUUUUGAUAUGUUGUUGAAUUCUGUUGGCUAGAAUUUUGUUGAGGAUUUUUGCAUCUAAGUUCAUAAGGCAUAUAGGUCUGUAAUUUUCUUUUUUUGUGGUGUCUUUUCCUGGCUUUGGUAUCAUGGAUAUGGUGGCUUCAUAGAAUGAGUUUGGGAGUAUUCCCUCCUUUUCUGUGUUCUGAAAUACAUUUAGUAGUAGUGGUGUUAAUUCUUCUCUGAAAAUUUGGUAGAACUCUGUGGUGAAGGUGUCUGGGCCAGGUUUUUUGUUGUUGUUGUUGUUGGGAGUUUUUUGAUUACCUUUUCAAUUUCUUCUUUUGUUAUGGGUUUAUUUAGUUGAUCUACCUCUGUGUUAGUUUAGGUAGGUAGUGUGUUUCUAGGAAUUCAUCCAUUUCUUCCAGGUUUUCAAAUUUGUUAGAGUACAGUUUUUCAUAGUAAUCUGAUAUGAUUCUUUUAAUUUCAGUUGGGCCUGUUGUAAUAUCUCCCAACUCAUUUCUAAUUCGGGUUAUUUGUUUCCUCUCUUGUUUUUCUUUUGUCAAUUUGGCCAGUGGUUCAUCAAUUUUUUCGAGGAACCAGCUUUUGGUCUUGUUAGCUCUUUCAAUUGUUUUUCUGUUUUCUAUUUCAUUUAGUUCUGCUCUAAUUUUUAUUAUUUCCUUUCUUCUAGUGCCUGAAGGUUUCUUUUGUGGCUCUCUUUCUAUUUGUUGAAGUUGUAGAGAUAAUUCUUAGAUUUUGACCCUUUCUUCUUUUUGUAUGUUUGCAUUUAUUGAUAUAAAUUGACCUCUGAGCACUGCUUUGGCUGUGUCCCGAAGGUUCUGAUAGGAAGUGUUUUCAUUCUCAUUGGAUUCUAUGAAAUUUUUUAUUCCAUCCUUAAUGUUGUCUAUAACCCAGUCUUUUUUGAACAGGCUAUUGUUCAGUUUCCAAGUGUUCAAUUUCUUUUCCUGUUAUUGAUUUCUACUUUUAUGGCCUUAUGAUCUGAGAAGAUGCUUUGUAACAUUUCAAUGUUUUGGAUUCUGCUAAGGCUUGCUUUAUGACCUAAUAUGUGGUCUAUUCUAGAGAACAUUCCAUGUGCACUGGGAAAGAAAGUGUACUUGGCUGCUGUUGGGUAGAGUGUUCUGUAUAUGUCUAUGAGGCCAAGUUGGUUUAUUGUGGCAUUUAGAUCUUCCAUGUCUUUAUUGAGCUUCUUUCUGGAUGUUCUGUCCUUCACCAAAAGUGGUCUGUUGAAGUCUCUUACUAUAAUUGUGGAGCUGUCUAUCUCACUUUUCGAUGCCGUUAUAGUUUGUUUUAUGUAUCUUGCAGCCCUGUCAUUGGGUGCAUAAAUAUUUAAUAUUGUUAUACCCUUUUGGUAUAUUGUCCCUUUAAUCAUUAUGUAGUGUCCUUCCUUAUCCUUUGUGGUAGAUUUAAUUUUAAAGUCUAUUUUGUCAGAAAUUAAUAAUGCCAAUUCUGCUCUUUUUUGAUUGUUGUUUGCUUGAUAUAAUUUUUUCCAUCCUUUGAGUUUUAGUUUGUUUGAGUCUCUAAGUCUAAGGUGUGUUUCUUGUAGGCAGCAUAUAGACGGAUCUUUUUUCUUGGCAGCAAAAGAGUUUAUUAGGGAGAUUUACAGACAAGGCAGUCAUGGGAAGCUGGUGGACCAAAGCAGAUCUCUGCACCCUCACAAUGGGAGGGCAGAGGUUUUAUAGUGGCGGUGGGCAAUAGUGGUGGCUACAUGCCAGGGACUUACGUGAGGAUGACUUAGCAAACUGUAGCAGACUGCAUGAAGGCGUUCAUGUUCAGCCCUGUAAAGCCUGUUUCCCCUUCAUUCUUAAACUUUAAAGUGCAUGUGAAUCGCCUGGAGUCUUGGGAAAUGCAGAUUCUGAUUCAAUAGGUCUGGAAUGGAGCAUGAGUCUGCGUUUCUAACAAUCUCCCCAAACCAAAAAACCAAACCCACUGCCAUUGAGUCGAUUCCAUUCUGCCACUGUCUGUCUCUUUAUCAGUGAAUUGAGUCCAUUAACAUUCAGCGUAAUUAUGGAUAGGUAUGAGUCUAAUGCUGUCAUUUUGAUGUCUUUUUUUGGGUUUUGUUGACAGAUUCUAUUUCCCACUUAAUUUUCUGUGGUGAGUAGUUUAUCUUUAUAUGCUGUCUUUUCCUUUUUCUCCAUUGUUUUUGGUUUUGUUUCUGCUGAGUCUCUAUUUUUUUCUUGUAUUUUAUUUUGAUGAGUAGGAUAGUUAGUCUCCUUUGUGGUUAACUUAAUAUUUACCCCUAUUUUUCUAACUUUAAACCUAACUUUUAUUUCUUUAUGCUGCCUUGUCUUCCUCUCUGUAUGAAAGAUCUAUGACUACAUUUCUUAGUCCCUCUUUAUUCUUUUAAUGUUGUCUUCUCUUACAUAACAACACCGCCAUUUCCCUGUUUUGAGUGUUUUUUUUAUCUUGAUUUAUUUUUGUGAUUUCCCUAUCUUGGUUGACAUCUGAUUGCUCUGUCCAAUGUUCUAGUCUUGGGUUGGUACCUGAUAUUAUUGAUUUUCUAACCAAAGAACUCCCUUUUGUAUUUUUUAUAGUUUUGGUUUGGUUUUUACAAAUUCCCUAAACUUCUGGUUAUCUGGAAAUGUACUAAUUUCACCCUCAUAUUUGAGAGACAGUUUUGCUGGAUAUAUGAUUCUUGGCUCGUGAUUUUUUUCCUGCAAUGCUUUAUGUAAGUUAUUCCAUUGCCUUCUUGCCUGCAUGGUUUCUGUUGAGUAGUCUGAGCUUAUUCUUAUUAACUCUUUUGUAGGUGAGUUUUCGUUUAUCCCUAGCUGCUCUUUCUUCAAACUUAUUGGUGCCAAGUACUUUAUCUUCAAGGUCACCAUUUCUGCCUUCCACUUGCUUGAAUCUUUUCCUCUGACUUUCUAUUGAGUUGUCUAAUUCUGUAAUUUUACUGUUAAUCUUCUGAAUUUCUGAUUGCUAUCUCUGUAUGGAUUCUUGUAGCUUAUUAAAUUUUUCAUUAUGUUCUUGAAUAACCUUUUUAAUUUCAACUGUUUUAUCUGUGUGUUCCUUGGCUUGUCCUGCAUAUUGCCUGAUCUCCUUUCUGAUGUCUCAAAGAGCUCUGUAUAUUAAUCUUCUGAAUUCUGCUUCCAGUAAUUCCAGGAAGUCACCUUCAUCCAGAAGAUCCUUUGAUUCUCUGUUUUGAGAGCUUGUUGAAGUGAUCAUGGUCUGUUUUUUUAUGUGGCUUGACAUUGACUGUGGUCUCUUACCCAUCUAUAAGAUAUUGUAUUAGUUUAUUUUAUGUGCGCUUACUGUAUCCUAGUUUCUUGCUUUGUUUUGUUUUGAUAUGCCCAAAUGGGUUGCUCGAGUGAGCCGGGUUGAUUAUUUUCACCUUUGGAGCUCUGAUGUCCUGUCACCAGAUGCCUAGAGCUGUUAUCAGGUAUAUGAGCUUAUGAGUCCAUUCAUUUUUCUUGUGUAGAUUCAGCUCAGGUGUCCAGCUAGCUGGUCAUCAAGUAUGUGGUACAGGGACAGAUCCUAUAGUCUUAGAGGGGCAGGGGUGUUUGGUAUUGGUACUGGUAUCUGGUUGCAGCAGGGGGUCACGCUUUGACCAAGACAAGGCUGAGAACUGUCCCCUAAGUGUCUGUGAGGAAUGCAGGUCCCUGUUCCCUAGAGCAUACAGGUGGGUGGGUUCUGCGCAUGGAACAUAGGCACCCGAUACUUUUGGUUGUGAGGACUGGGAGGUACCAGUUAUCCUUGGACUCCUGUCAUGGGUGGCUGGAUGACCUAAGUGGAGCCACCAGUCCUUAGGCCCCUGAUGUGGGUAGGUGAGAACCCUGUUUAAUAGGCAAAGUGGUGUAAAAUAUCAAACAUCCACUGUUCCACUGCGAGCUUAAACAGUUGUAGUCUGCCUGCAAGGGCCUAUUCUCCUGAAAUAGGCCUACACAGGACCAUGAAGGGGGGAAGGUAUUCAAAAUCUACGGACCAUUUAUGCCUGGACAGAAGCCGCUUCUGUCCUGACCUCCCCAGGUUAGUGGAGCUGGCAAAUUAUCUUUUCCCCCAGUUGUGAAUUUAUUCCUUCUCCAAGUCUGGGAGCAUGGCUUGGGGCACUCAAAUGGACCUAUCUCAGGCCCAGGGAAAUGAACAGCCACUGAAGUCUGCUUGGGGGCUGGGAGGCGUGGUAAAAUAUACACAAGUACUUAGCUUUUGCCAAGAGCGCCGUUCUUCUCUGGUUCCAGAGGCGUGAGUAGGCUGCACAGCUGGCUACUUCUCACUGAGGAAACUGUGGCUGAAUGCUAGUAACAGCCCACCGCAGCCGUGCCUGAGGUGGUACCUGAGGGAUUCCAGUGAUUCAGGUCUAGAAACUCCCCUCCACUUCUGAACCAUCUCUUUCUCCCCCUGCCACUCAGUCCAUUUUCUGACUUUGCCUUUGAUGUUCAGGGCUCCUAGCUUGUCAUAAAUAUAAUCAUUUCACUUGAUUUUUUGGGUGUUUGUUGUAAGAGGGAUCACCAGAAGCAUCUGGCUAUUCUGCCAUCUUGGCCCCGCCUCCCCUCAUUUGUGUUAUUAACAACCUGUUCAAUCCCCUUGAUGGGCCGCAAACACCUGAUUUUCACAGUCCCACCCAAUCAUUUGGUGAGAGUUACAAGACCACGACAAGAAAGUUUAUAUAAAGUGAUCCAUCCCACAGCAACUGCACAAAAAUCUUAUGCACAGUCAUUUUGGUGUCAUCCUCUCUGACAGUGUCCCCCAGUAGGUCCUCACACCCCAUACCUCCCUAGUGAUGCCACUGCUUCCCUUUCCCCCAUUUAUUUCCUCUUAACACUUUUCGCAAUUUCUAAUGUCUCUGUGGAGUGCCUGGGUGGGUGGAAAUGGUUAAGUGUUUGACUACUAGUGAAAAGGUGGUAGUUGGAACCCACCCAGAGAUGCCUCAGAAGACAAGCCUGGUGAUCUACUCCCAAAAGGGUGCAGCAUUGCACACACGGGGUUGCCAUGAAUUGGAAUCAACUUGACGGCCACUAGCAACAACAUCACUGUCUCCAUCUAUCCAUUUAUAUUGACUGUCUGUUUGUCUACCUCGAUGGACCAUGAGUUUUGGGAAGCCAGGAGCCUCAUCUGCCAGGGCCAUGACUCUAGCCUCAAGGCCAGCACCAUGCUGGGACUCAAUGAAUAUUUGUUGGAUGAACAAAUAAAAUAAAGAUGUGAGUGGUACAGCAGACCUCUGCAUGAAAGGACAGUUUCUGAAGAUUUCCGUGGACCAAAGGUGGGGCUGGCAACACCAUGUUCUUCUCUUUCUGAAAAGGCUUAGUCAGCUUUCUGGUUCAUUUCUGAACCAGAAAAGGAAGUCUAAUUGGUCACAAAAUAGCCUCAUUUGCUCUCAGGUAAUGCUCUGUUGGUCCAUGGAGAUACUAGCGCCUUGAAGCCAAAGGUGCUAGAGAUCCUUUGCCUUCUUGUGGUCAUUCAAGAAUAGGGCUUGAAUGGUUGAUAAGGAACACCAGCCAGUUAAACAAUCAUUGCAUGUUAAGAAACACAGUAAAGCUCCACCUUCUUUAUCUCCAAAAGUAAUCUUCUUGCUCUCUUUGGCCAAGGGACAGUCAUCAUUGUGUGGCAAAAAGUCAAAGAUUAACUUGAUGUAUAGAUUACAACAUGUAAUUGGGAGACAGGGAACCAUUGGCAGAGAGACACUCUUGGUAGCAACUGCCAAACGCCAUGGCUGUGGAGUCUCAUGGUCUGCUUCCGCUGGUCCUGAACCUGCUGCUCUGCGUGCUUGGCCCCUCGGAGUCCCAGGGUGGGAAGCUGUUGGUGGUUCCGAUGGAUGGCAGCCACUGGCUCAGCAUGGUUUCAGUCAUCCAGCAGCUGCAUCAGAGGGGACACGAAAUAGUUGUGGUGGCCCCCACCUCAUCUGUGCGCAUCAAGGAAGGAGCUUUUUACACCUUCAAGAACUUCCCUGUGCCCUUCCAAAAGGAGGACUUGGAAGCGAUUUUUGUCAGUUUUGGGCAUAAUGUUUUUGAGGAUGAGCCAUUUUUACAGCGUGUGGUCAAAAUGUACAAGGCAGUCCAAAAAGACUCUGCUAUAUUGUUGUCUGCCUGUUCCCACUUACUGCACAACAAGGAGCUCAUGGCCUCCCUGGUGGCUGGCAGCUUCGAGGCUGUGUUGACGGACCCUUUCCUUCCAUGUGGCUCCAUUGUGGCUCAGUACCUGUCCCUGCCUGCAGUGUACUUCCUGAAUGGACUGCCAUGUGGCUUGGACUUUGACGGUACUCAGUGCCCCAGCCCACCAUCCUACGUGCCCAGGUCUCUGUCUGUGAACCCAGAUCACAUGACCUUUCUGCAGCGGGUGAAGAACAUGCUGAUCACCUUCAUCCAGCCCUUCCUGUGCAGUGCGGUUUAUUCGCCAUUCGCUUCACUAGCUUCCGAAGUCCUUCAGAGAGAUGUGACUGUCCAGGAUCUUAUGGGCUUUGGAUCUGUCUGGUUGCUCAGAAGUGACUUUGUAAUGAAUUACCCCAGGCCUACCAUGCCCAACAUCAUUUUUAUUGGUGGGAUCAACUGUGUUACCCAAAAACCACUAUCUCAGGUGUGUAUGGGUGGAAGGACUGCAUGCCUAUAUUCUUACAAGUCCUUUUGGAUAGGUGAACCUGCCACAGGUAUAUGCUGAAUGGGCAUGCUGAGUUAGCUUUUAAUGCCCUCUUUGGUUAAUUUCUACCUUGCCAGUCUCCUAGGUCUGAGUUGUAAUUUAUACCUGCCAUUUAACACCAUCUUCUGGGGUAUUUGUUUGUAUGUCAGACUUGAGGAAAGGAUGUUGUUAGUUGCUGCAGAGUUGAUUCUGACUCAUGGUUACCCCAUCUAUACAGAGUAGAACAGCUCCAUAGGGUUUUCAAGGUUGUGACAUUUCAGAAGCAGAUUGCCAGGUCUGUUUUAUGAAGCACUUCUGGGUGGUUUUGAACCACCAAACUUUCAGCUAGUAGUUGAGUGCUUUACCAUUUGGGAAUUCUCUUUUGUGUGUUCCAAUGGAUAGGAACCAGUUAGAUUCAACAAGUGCUAAAUGUCAUAAGCACAGAGCACUGUGCUCGGGGCACCAAGGAAAAAACAAAGAUGAGUAGUGUGCGCCUUGACCUUGAAGAAGGCAUUUGACCUUGUAUGGGCCAGACACAGAAGAUUCAAGAUUAAGUAGUUCUUUGAUGUCUACAGAGCCCGGCAGGUAAGGCUGCCUCUAUGGUCCUGGCUAAAAUUUCAGAUUUUGGUAUUUGAUAGAAUGAUAGCUCUUUCUAAGGUCAAGCAGAAUGACAUGUGUCUCAUUGCCUGAAAUGUUCGUUUUUUCCCCCUACAGAAUUAGAAGAAGCAUGCAUAUCCUCUUCUAAAUCCCAGUGGGUGAUAGAGAAUGGCAGGAGGUCCUCCUUCAUAUGAGGGGCCAAGGAAGUACUCCCUGAGUGGGUGACAUUCCAGGGGGCACACAUUCAUUUAUUCAUUAGAUGUUGAUCAAGUGUCUAUCGGCUUGUCCAAGUGCUUCUAGGUGCUGAGUCUGGCUCCUACUAAGGGACUAUUUAUCACUCAUGCAAUGUAUUGAGUUUUAAUUUCCAUUGUUCCUCCAAUAUGAUUCAUGUUUUAAAUGAUCAUGUGAUUGUUAUGGCAAGAAGGAGCUGUGGUUGGUAGAAAGAACACCAAGGGAGAAACCAGGUGGCAGGGUUGAUGCCUGGUUCCACCCCAUUACCAUGUGUCUUAAUUUACUAGUGUUGCUAUAACAUAAUUACCACAAGUAGGUGGCUUUAAUGAACAGAAAUUAAUUUUCUUAAGUUGAGGAGGCCAGAAGUCUGAAUUCAGGGCACCUGUUCUACGUGAAGGCUCUUAGCUGUUCCUGGAGAAGAUAUUUGUUUCAGCUUCUGUAACAACAACAAAACAGACCUGAAGGAGGAGACGGAUGUCAAUGAGAGCAAAAUCCAAAGAUUUGAGUCGGACCACAAAGAGGACUUUCUAAAAGUAAAAUAACAUGAUUUAUGAAUAAAUACAUUAGUAGGUUAAUUGAAGGAGAGGAUGGUUAGAGUUGGGACCUGAAUUAGCGGCCCAAGAAAUCAAGUAGAAGAGAUAACUCACAAUCUAGAAGAAAAAUCAAAGAGAGCAAAACUGUAAGGAAACACAUAAGAUUCAGAGAACAGAUUUUGGAAUUCUAAUAUGUGAAUUAUAGGGAUUUCAGAAGGGGAAGAAGGAACAUAUGGAGAAAAGAUAAUAAAUUACCAAAUAUAAGUGAAAUGUCCCUUAGCUGUAAAAAGAAUCAGGUCUGCACAUUGGAAUGGCUCAAACAAAUCCCAGGAAAGAUACAUAUAUAUAAAUGUUGUUGAGUUGAUUCUGACUCAUAGCAACCCCAUGUAUGCAGAGUAGAACUGCUCCAUAGGGUUUUCAAGAUUGUGACUUUUUGGAAGCAGAUCACCAGGCCUGACAUUUGAGAUGCCUCUGGGUGGGUUCAAAAUGCCAACCCUUUGGCUAGUAGUUGAGCGCUUAAGCAUUCGCACCACCCAGGGACUUCCACAUAGGCGUUCUUAAGAAACAAAAGAUACUUGGGAAGGGAAAAUCACUCAAAAAUCCUGGAACUAAAAAUACUUAAUUCUUAGCAACACCUAGACAUUCUUUUAAGGGUCUUCUCCUGGGUGGGGAAGUCUCGUCAGAGUGGGCUUGUGAAAUAUUCGGUGGUCUCAUAUAUUUUGGAAGCGGAUCAGCAGUGGGGGAAACAAGGGUUAUUUUCAGUGAGUUCUUUGCUUCACCCUUUGACCAUACAAGAGGGCUGUAAAGUUGGGGUGAGGUCUAGGAGGAAUUCUUGCAAGUAGGGAAUGGACUUAACUUUACUACCCCCUAUAAAGGCUGGUCCAGAGCUAGGGGUUGGCCAUGAGAACACAAUCACCACAGUUAGUGCUGCUGUGAUCUAUAGAUGAACUUUUGUACCACUUAAACUUUAGUCUAAUCCUGCUGUUCAUCUUGAAUGUUUAUGGACCUGUGGGUUAGAUUUUUUGUUAGUCAUGCCUUGGUAGUUGCCAAGUGGAUGUGGGAAGAUGCAGAAGGAGCUGAAAUUAGGCUUGUCCCUUUUCUGACAAGGUUAAAACUCAACAGUAGUUUCAUGAAGGAGGAAGCCUGUAGAAAAUUUAGGUAAGCCGUAUACUGAAACAUCACUCAGUAGAAAGACAUUUGAGAGUGCUUGGAGAUGAGGUGUCUUUCCCAAGGAAAGAGAGAGGGACUAAGGGGAAGAAAGAUAUAGCAUGUAUCCUUGGACUUCAGAAGAAAAAAAAAAAACCCUCAGGAUGUUCUUCCCACAAACCAAAAAUGUAAUGUGGCAUUGGGGAGGAGGACUCUUGCCUACCUGACUUUAGAUAUACCUCAUGGGAAAGGCCGAGAUAGCAGCUUUCAUCUAGAAGACUGCAAGAGGGCCUGGAGUUGGUGAUGGCAAAGGCAGUGGGGUUGCCACAGGAAGGCUAGUCAAGCUUUGGAAGGUUAUUAAUUAUCGAUUCAAUUUUAUUAGUAGCUAUAGACUUAUUCAGGCCAUGCUCAGUAUCAAGCCUGGAAGAGGUCACUGUUAAAGUCAUGUAUUCCCAGCCCUGUGGGAGGUCUCCUGUAUCUUGCCUCUAAAUAACCAACAAUCCUGCCCCAGUUUAAGCACUGAAAAUCAUGUGUUCUGGGAAGCCCCUUGGUCUUUGGCAGAUGCUACCACAUAACAUGGUCUCAUUCAUGUCCUUAGCAUUCUUUGGAAGCAUAUAAAAUCAUUUGGGAGACACUUGAGAAAGUUAAUUAGAUCAUUAGUGGUCUGUGGCUGGAGAAGAAUUGCCAUACUUAUAUGUUGCUCUAUUUCUUCUAAGUGGAUUACCACAGUGUGGUGGAACAGUGAUUAAGAGCUUGGCUGCUAAGCAAAAGGGCAGCAGUUAGAAUCCACCAGCCACUCCUUGGAAACUCUGUGGGGCAGCUGUGUCUUAUAGGGUUGCUAUGAGUUGGAAUUGACUCAAUGGCAAUGGGUUUUUGUUUUGUUUUUAUGUACGUGUAUGUUUUUACUUAUGAUGGAAGUACUUUGGAGUUGGCUUUGAAGAUUGGGGAGCAGUCAAGCUGAGAUAAGAUUAUUGCUGAAUUCAGGUGUUUCCUUACUCUCUUCCUGGGGACACACCAACCACUCUCAUCUGCAGAAUCAUCUCUUUCACCACUGUAGCUAACGUUGCUGUUCUUAUGAUUAAAAACAACAAAAACAGAAACAAUUGCUGUCAGGUCAAUUCUGACUCAUGGAGACCCUGUGUAUGUCAGAGUAGAACUGUGCUCCACAGAAUUUUCAAUGGCUGAUAUUUUUGGAAAUAGGUUGCCAGACCUUUCUCCCAAGGUGCCUCUGGGUGGACUCAAACCAUCGACCUUUCAGUUAGCAGCCAAACUCAUUAACAGUUGGCACCACCCAGGGACUCUUUUUCUGAAUCAUCUUUUGGUUGCAUCCCUUCAGAGAUUUUGUUUGCUUGACUUCCAUCUCUAAAGCCUAUUCCUUGUUACUUUGGGGAGAAGCCUUUGGUAGGCAGUGAUCUGUGAUCUGUGCUUGAUAAUUGGGAAUCCUGCUAUCACUGCUUCUCACCCCCAAAACACAGACGCUGUCUAAAAUCCUACCCUCCUGUUUCAUAAAUUGCUUGUUUUUUAGUAGUUGUGACAUUCUUUUGUUGUUGUUAGUUGUUGUCGAGUUGGCUCCAACUCAUGGCAAUCCUAUGAACAAGAGAACAAAAUGUUACCUGGUCCUGUGCCACCUUCAUGAUUGUUGAUAUGCUUGAGUCCAUUAUUGUGGCCACUGUGUAUUUUGAAUACCUUUCAACCUAGAGGGCUCAUCUUCCAGCACUACAUUGGACAAUAUUGUGUUGUGAUCCAUAGGGUCUUCACUGGCAAGUUUUUGGAAGUGGAUUGCAGGUCUUUCUUCCUGGUCUGUCUUAGUCUCAAAGCUCCACUGAAAUCUGUCCACCAUGGGUGACCCUGCUGGUAUUUGAAAAUUCUAGUGGCAUAGCUCCCAGCAUUGUAGCAACAUGCAAGCCACUGCAGUAUGACGAACUGACAGGCAGGUGGUAGUAAACUGUCAGGUUAAUAGCAUUCUUUAUUAACUAGAAAAUCAUAGUUUAGCAUUCAAACUUACUCAAUCAAAAAAAAAAAAUCACUCCUUGAUGAAAAAAAAAAAAAAAAGAUGACAAUAGCAAUAGAAUGCCAUUAGCAAUAGGAAGGACUUUGAAUCAAUUCAGCUGACUGCUCCUCCUCCUGUUCCCCGUUUUCUGGCAAUGCUGUCUUGCAAACCAGUUAUGCAACUCAGGUUAAAUCUCUCUCUUUGUCUCUGUAUCUAUCUAUAUAUGUGUGCACGUGUAUGUAUGUAUGCACAUAUGAACAUAUGUAUAUAUACAUGUACACAUACACACAUAUACAUACCUUUAACCAGGAAAGGCCUUGCAGUCUACUUCUGGAAGUAAGCCAGUGAAAACACUAUGGACCAGACCACCUUUCAUUCCAUUGUGCAUGGGGUCACCAUGGAUGGCAGCUAACAACAAUAAAAACAACAACAUACGUUUAACCGCAUUCUUAAGGGGAAGAUACCUGAUUCAUAGCUUAAUGUGUGUAGUCACCACAGAAUAUGAGACAAAUUCA